AUGGCUCGCCUGGGCUGCCAGGAGCCUGCCAUCAGAUGCCGUGCCUUCCACAUCCUGAUCUGGACAGUGUGGCACGCGGCCAACUGCAGUUCCGUCAAGCUCAGCACCUCAUUCCCGAGGGUCCGGGUGAAGGGACGAGUGCUGGUCCCUGGGAAGGGCCUGGCCGCCGUCCUGAGGACACUGCCCAUGUUCCAUGACGAGGAACAUGCUCGGGCCCGGGGCCUCCCUGAGGACACCCUGGUGCUGCCGCCAGCCAGUCCCAACCAGAGGGUCAUAUACACGGUGCUGGAGUGCCAGCCCCUCUUCGACUCCAGUGACAUGACCAUCACCGAGUGGGUCCAGAUUGCCCAGACCAUUGAGAGACACUACGAGCAGUACCACGGCUUCGUGGUCAUCCACGGCACCGACACCAUGGCCUUCGCCGCCUCUGUGCUUGCUUUCGUGCUGGAAAACCUGCAGAAGACCGUCAUCCUCACGGGUGCCCAGGUGCCCAUCCACGCGCUGUGGAAUGACGGCCGGGAGAACCUGCUGGGGGCGCUGCUCAUGGCCGGCCAGUACGUGAUCCCUGAGGUCUGUUUGUUCUUCCAGAACCAGCUGUUUCGGGGCACCCGGGUGACCAAGGUGGACACGCGCAGGUUUGCCGCCUUCUGCUCCCCCAACCUGCCGCCUCUGGCUGUCGUGGGCGCUGACGUCACAAUCAACCGGGAGCUGGUGCGAAAGGUCCGAGGGAAGGACCAGCUUGUGGUGCACAGCAGCAUGGAGUGUGAUGUGGGCCUGCUGCGCCUCUACCCUGGAAUCCCCGCCACCCUGGUCCGGGCCUUCCUGCAGCCCCCCCUAAAGGGCGUGGUCAUGGAGACCUUCGGUUCGGGGAACGGGCCCACCAAGCCAGACCUGCUGAGGGAGCUGCAGGCAGCGGCCGCCCGAGGUCUCCUCAUCCUCAACUGCACCCACUGUCUGCAGGGCACCGUGACCUCGGACUACGCGGCGGGCAUGGCCGCGGCGGGAGCGGGCAUCGUCUCCGGCUUCGACAUGACGUCCGAGGCCGCUCUGGCCAAGCUGUCCUAUGUGCUGGGCCAGCCCGGGCUGAGCCUGGACGACAGGAAGGAGCUGCUGACCAGGGACCUCCGGGGGGAGAUGACGCUGCCAGAGGUGGAGAUGGACGAGCGCCGGCCCUCCCUUCAGAGCAGCACUCGGGGACUUGGGGUGGCCCAGCUCCUCAGCCUGAGCCAGGAGACAGAUGCUGUUCGAGACGCCCUGGCCCCCAGCCUGGCCUGUGCCGCGGCCCACGCCGGCGACCUGGAGGCCCUGAAGGCCCUUGCAGAACAGGGCAGUGACCUGAGCAGGGAGGACUUCAGUGGUCAAACUCCACUGCAUGUGGCCUCCCGGAAGGGCCAUGCCGGGGUGGUUACCCUGCUGCUGCAGAGAGGGAUGGACCCAAACGCUCGCAACGAGGAUGGCCUCAGCCCACUGCUGCUGGCCGUGAGGGGCAGGCACCAGAGUGUCAUCAGGCUCCUCCGGGCAGCUGGGGCCUGCCUGUCCCCCCAGGAGCUGGAGGAGGCUGGGACAGAGCUGUGCAGGCUAGCCUCCAGGGCGGACAGUGAAGGUCUGCGGGCGUGGUGGCAGGCGGGGGCCGACCUGGGGCAGCCAGGCUAUGACGGGCGCAGUGCUCUGCUCAUUGCAGAGGCCACUGGGAACCUGGAGGUGGUGACUCUUCUGCAGAGUCUCCAGGGUGGGGCUGGUGUCCUGGACCCAGGUCCGCCGCCACUACCACAGCACUGGAAGGCCCCAGCCACAGCCAAGAAGGUCCUCGAGCCCGGAGGGCGCCUGGGCUUGUCUGUUGGCCCCGGGGCUCAGGAGACCUCUCAUUUCAGGAAGUGCUGCCUGGUGUCUAACCUGAAGCUGUCUUGCUGCGACAUCGGCCAUUCCUUCCUGUUUGUGACCUGCUGGAGGGACUGUGGGCACCAUGGCUUUGACUGA